GGCUGAAUUGGUUUAUUCAGAAGCUCGAAUAAGUUAUAAUGGUUCAACAUAGUACCAGCCACUAUAGAUUAAUUCAAAUGACUUUAUUAAUGAUUAACUUUAUUCAUUAAUUUUAAAGAUAUUACAAGUUGUUGAAUCAGCAUUCAUUAAAUUGGCAUGAAAAUUAAUAUGAUAUAAUCAAUAAUAUGCGUAAAUAAUUAAAAAUUAAAUAGAAAAGUGCAACUUAUCCGUAUUCUAUAAUACUAUACUAUAAAUUAUUACAUCAUAAAAUAAUAUUCAAUAGUUCAUAUUUAUUCAUUCAAUAUAUAUAUUAACACAUUAAUUACCCAUUUUAAACUUUUCUCUGGAUCUACUACUGUCUAUUUUAUCAAUAUAUAUUUUAUACAUUAGAACAAAGGAAAACAAACAAACAAAUUCCUACAUUAAGACACAUGAAAAUUCGAUUAUUAUCAAUUAUAACAGUCAUUGUACAAUACAUUCCAUCCAUCUUAUCAGCUACUUUGGAUAAUCAAAAGGAAAGUUCAUCAUCUUAUUAUUAUGUGGUACGUUCACCAAAAAUUGAAAAACGAUCAUAUACAGAAGAUGAAACCUUGACACAUAAUAAAGAAAAAACAAAAAUUGCUACUGCUACUCAAACAUAUACAAAAACAUCAAAUAUAUCCUCUUCACCUUUGUCUCCAACAUCAUUAUCAUUAAUAUCGUCAUCAUCAUCUUAUGGUAAUAAUGUAAAAAAGAAUAAUGGUGCAUACAAUGUUAAACCUAAUGUAACUAUGAGUGCAGAAAGUAUAUAUCAAGAUAAAAAUUCAUUAAAAUAUGUGAAAACUGUAAAAAAUCGUCGAGAAAUCAGUGAAGUUAUUAAACAUAUACCAAAACCAACAUAUAAUCAACAAUCGAAUAAAUAUACUGAUCAGAAUAAUAAAAUUAAUAAUUAUAAUGAUAAAAAGGAAACAAAGAAUUACAAUAAUGUUAAUAAGAAAUACACUUAUUCUGAUAGUAGUAGUAAUAGUAAUCAUAACAAUCGUCACAAUGAUAAAAACUACAAUAAUGAUAAUAAUAAAAAUUAUAACGGUAAUAAUAACCACAACAGUAAUGACAAUUACAAUGGUAAUAAUAACGGUUAUUACAACAAUGGCAAUAACUACAAACGUAAUGACAAUUACAAUAACAAUGACAAUAAUUACAAUGGUGAUAAUAACGAUUAUUACAACAAUGGUAAUAACUACAAACGUAAUGACAAUUACAAUAACAAUGACAAUAAUUACAAUGGUGAUAAUAACGAUUAUUACAACAAUGGCAAUAACUACAACAGUAAUGGCAAAGAUGAUAAUAAUAACGACUACUAUUCACAUGAUUACAUCAUAAACGCUGACAGUUACAAUAAUGAUGUAAAAUAUAAUGCUGAAAAUUACAAUCGUGAUUAUACACGCAGUGCUUAUAUAUCUGACAAUAAUGACCGUAGGAAUAAUCGAAACUCCAAUAUAAAUUACAUGAUUAAAAAUACUAAAUUUAACAAUUAUGCCAAUAGAUAUAAUGGUAGGCAAAGAAAUAAUAAAAGAUAUAAUAAUAAUAAUAAUAAUAAUAAUUACAACAAAGCCUAUAAUAACCAAAGACGCUAUAACGAAAAUCGUAAUAUCGGGAACAAUAACAAUUACAAUCGUAACGGUAAUCAAAACAAUCAGAAUGGUUAUCGUACUUACAAGUACAACUACAAUGGUAAUAAUAAUAAUGACCGGAAUAAUUUCAAUGGCAAAUCUAAUUACAAUUACAAUAAUGAUCGUAAUAACCACAAUAACAAACGGAAUAAUCACUAUGUCAAUUAUAAUAUCAAUAACAAUGACGCUUACAAUGGAUAUGAUAAUCACAAAACCAAUAACCAUAAUCAUCCUGCACGUAAUAUACCCUAUCAAAAUAACAAUAGAUAUAAUAACAUUAGAAAUUAUGGGAAUACUGAUAAUAGUAAUAAUAAUUAUCAUGAUAUGUACAAUACUAAUGAUUAUGAAACUAACAGAAAUCCUGUUAAUUACGAUAGUAGUUAUAUUAGAAGUAAAUUAGGUAAACCAGAUUAUUAUACUCCUGCAGAAGGAAGUAAUGAACAAAAUUAUCCAUCAAUGCCAAGUACAGAGAAUGAACAACCAAACAAUCAGGAAAGUAAUCAAUAUGGGAAAGAAAAAGAGAAAGAUACAGAUUUUAAUCCAGAAGGACAAGAUCUUAAUCCCAUGUCCAGUUUAAAUCCUUUUGGUACUAUGUUCGGUUUGGGACAAAUGGGAAAUGGAGGAUUAGGUUUUUAAAUUUUAUGCCAACUAAAUGAUUAACAAUUACUCAAAUUCAUGGAUAUAUUGUAACAAAAAUAUGUUUUAUUUUCAAAAUCUCUUUUUUCAACCGAUCUAAUAUAAAAAGUCGAUAAAAGCUUAUUUAUUAAGCUAGAUUUCUCUAGUCAAAAUGACUUAAUAUUUGUAAUUUAAUGUCAUCUUUGUAUGUUUAUCAUGUUUUUUUCUAAGAUCUGAAAUAGAAGUAUGAACUGCCUUGAUGAUUUGAACACAUUUCCCUCAAUUAAUUCAUCAUUGAUUUAUAAUUAUGAAAAAGAAUUUG